CAUCGACCUGCCUUUGUCUUGCUCUGAGGGCAGGGGGUGUGGACUUGACUUCAGUUCACCAAGAGCUAGCUCCCCCCCGUACUCGCGUCCAUCCUCGAGCCCGCGGGUGUGCUGGCUCCAUGCGUAUUCAUCCAAUCGGCAGCAUGGCCCAGAGCGGAGAGCAUGAGACCGCGCAACCACGGGCACGCUAGCGGGCUGGUGAUUGGGGUCCGUUUUAUCCGUCCGAUCUUCAGCAGCAACGGCAGCAGCAGUGCGCAGGUCUGGGCCUAGCGAGGGAGAGAGCUGUGCUGAGCUCGUGUGCGGUCAGCAUGGACUGGGCAGGGAGCUGGGAGCCGGACCACACAGCUCCCAUGAUGCAUCAGUGUGCAGGAUCCGGCUGCCGGUUAUGCGGAUCUUGGGAGAAGCGGCUGGGCUGGACGGAGGUUGGAGAUGGCAGACAGACGGACUCCGAUCAGUGAUUCGAGACUGGCUGACUGGACUGACUGACUGGUAUGCUUGCGACCAGCCACCACUUUGACCCAGUCUCGGUGGAGAUAUGUAGCUCCCAUUCUUGAAACCCGCAGACUCGCAGACUCGCAGACUCGAGAAAUCUAUUGCAUCUUUUUCGUCGAUUGAUACUUCUCAUCACCCUAGUUCGAGUCAACAUCAACCACCGGCUGAGGCUGCGAGCCACAAACAACUUGCACACAUCAACUCCACACACCACACACCACUCACACUCUCUCUCCCACCACCAAAUAUCGUCCGCCCUACGCCCAGCAUCCUGCGUGACGCGGCAUCUCCAAGUCGUGCAAUGACAGACUGGCCCACCAUCCGGCCAGGAUUCUCACCAAAGCACAGCAGGCACAUUGGCCUUGGCCAUCCGUCAGGCCAGCCCCUCUGAGCCUCUCCUCUCCACAUCCCUGGGGCCUGGACCCAGCCAGUCCUUAUUAACACCGUCUCACAAGUGCCAUUAUACGGGCCUCCCCCUCGCUCAACCAACCAAGCACCCACCAUCCACCCCCUUGAUUGGUGCUCCCACACAGCCCCCUAGGCUGGUCCGAAAGUCAAACUCUCCAGCUAAGCUAAGCUGAGCCCACUCACUCACAACGUACACACACAGCCUGCCUGCCCACUCACACUCACUCGCACCAACUCACCUCCCGCAACCCUGACUCACCCGGUGAUGCCACCCCAAGCCCAGCAAGGCCACCGCAGCUCAUCCGGUGCCGUUGCUGGGAUCGACAUCAUCACCCCGUCCACGAGACAUGACGACGACGACACGGUGAAAAGGAUGGUCCUGCGCAGGUUCCGACGCACCAUGAGGCGGCUCUUCGGCGGCCGCUGGAAGCAGAUGAGCGACGGCGAGGUCAGGGAGCUCGAGAAGAAGAUCGCGGCCGACAUGCGCACCGGCACCUUUGGGCCCGUCGCCCCCACCAUCCGCCCGCCCCCGACCGGCGACGAGCUGUGGCACCGCCAAGACGACGCCGGCCCAUCGGGCACCGGCCCCGGCAGGCUGCCCAGCAUGGCCUCCACCAUCAAGCGGUCCACCGUCGUCUCACGCGCCGCGCGGGGCCAGUUCUACGACGAGUACGGCGACGACUACGGCGGGUACCAGGACGCGCAUUCCAUGUGGGGAGGGGGAGGAGGCGCAGCGAGCAGCGACUCCGGCUACGGCCCCGGAUACUACGACCGCGCGCCGCCGCGGAAGCCGCUCGCCAAGCCCGCGCUGCAGCCCGAGUACUACGUCCCGGGCGGGGGGCCGUUCGACAUGCCCGAGGCCAGGCCCGAGUCCGUCUACGACGGCGGAGGAGGCGGCUCGCGCGCCAACAGCAUGCGCAGCAACUACACGACACGGACCGCUCACAGCCGGCGGCCGCCGAUGCCGCCGAUGCCUCAGCAUGGCUACUACCCGCCCAACUCGUCCUCGUACGGCGGCGGCGGCGGCGGGGAGGGCAGGGCCUACUCGAUGCGCUCCGACCCGGGGAGGAUAUACGCGCGCAGCCCCAUGCCGCGCGCGUCGCUGCGGCCGCAGCCUUCCUGGGACGGGCGCCACCAGGGCGGUGCGGAGGGGCCCAGGAGCUAUUCGUACGGGCCCGGGGACAGGGGCAAUUACUCUUAUAAUGGUCACGGCGACAGGGGCUACGCGUACGGCGGGGAGAAUGGUGGCUACCGCGGCUGGGACGGGCAGGACAUCGAGGAGCACGAGUACCCUCCCCAGGACCAGUACCCUCCCCAGGAUCACUAUCCGAACCAAGUGCCGGGGAUCCACUACCAGGAUUACCAAUACCCAGAGCGAUGAGCGGCACACCGCGCGUUCCGGGAAUAUACAUCAUAGGCUCGUCUCUGAACCUGCUAUCAGCGGGCAGCGUUUCAGCAGGGCCAAUACGAGUUAGUUCGCAGGCGACACAAGAGGGCAGAACCCCGUCCAGCCCACCCACGCUGUGUCGCGUCACGAGGUCUAGGCAGCACGUGGACGGCUGCGGCCGCCAGGGUCCCUCGCAACCUUGAGUGCGAAGCCGGGCCAACAGGGGCGCAGGUCCUCCCCAAAGACGAACGAAGCCUUAUGCCCCAUGAAAUUCCGGCACGUAUGUCGACCACUUUUGGACUCCCGGGAGGGGAGGAGCUAUGGGAAUCGACAGCCGCGCGGAUCAGCCGGGCGCGGUGGUCCGAGAAGAUGUUCCGGAACCCUCGGGGCCGACGGUACCCGAUGCACGGCCUGUGGUGUUUCAGGCUGGCGAGAAAAGAAGGAAAAAGAAAACGGCCCCGGGCUGUUGGGUCGGAUUGGAAGUGCUUGGGAUCGUGGUCAUCGUGCUGGGCAUGAGCUGCUUCAUUCAUCGCGGGGCUGGGAGGAGACUUGGCCGCACACGCCGGGAGAGGACCGACCGUAUGAGCCGGUGGUGGCGGGCGCUCAAAAUGCAUGGCUGGCCAGGGGGGCACGUCUGCCCACGAACCAUUCAUUUCCCAGCCACCUCAAGGCACUUUUGACAACAGCGUACGACCCCUUGCCGGGGGACCAUCUGGGAGUGUUCUUUUGGUGGGAGGUGCCCGGCCGGGUCGGGGCGGGCGAGCCUCCCGGAUCUGUGGGUGAGGAGUGGGGGACUUACUGGGAAUUAAUGGGUUUAAUUUGGGGGGUUCGAAUGAGAAUUUCUGCACGCUGGUGCAAUGGAGGGACGCGCGGAUCAGUUGCCCCGUCGAAGUUGUUCAGCCAUCAUUCAAUAGAUUUGCAAGCGCGAAAUCGGGCAUCGUGUUGGCGAGUUGCUUCUUGUACGGCGGCAAGGGCGUUCAUGUAUAUACAUAACUUGGCAAGCCCGCAUCGAUACUUUCAACAUCAAUAUUUGGUCGUCACACAGCUCAUUGCGAG